CUCUUUUCUCACUUUCUUACUAAUGUCCAACAUCACAUUAGAAUUUCAUCAGAUUGUGGAAAAGAAGGUUAAAGAAAUUGGACCAAGGCCCACAAAAGACUUACACAAGGAUGAAGAGGGUAGAUACGAUCUCUUCACAAAGGAGGCCUACCGUAUCUACAGACACAUUGUCAGCCUCAAGCGAUUCCUCUUGGCGAUCCGUCCUGUCUAUUUAGACACGAGCAACCGUCCAGGAUCGAGAAGAAAAGAUCAACACGGCUUGAAUAUAUCUUCCACUGAUCAACUGUUUUCGUUAUUCCCGACACACAUCACUCAGCUCACGGAUCGCGAAAGGGACGAGAUUGAUUUCCAAGCCAAGUUGAUUAUCAAGCGCUGUAUGGACAGAGUGAAGGAAUUAGAAGAGUCCGAAAAGAUCAGGUUGGAAAAGGAAGCGACCAAACCGGUGACUCGACUUGCUCACUUUUUGCAGUCGGUGCUUCCUGCUGUCUCGUCAACAGAGGACAUGUUGAGCGUGCAUAGAAGCAGCAUCACUUGGCUACUCAAUCAGCAAUUAAUGGAAGUAUCCAAGAUUCAAAAAGACCAGCAGGAGAUUCGAUUGACAAGGGAGAUUGAAAAGAGUGAGAACCAACUCGCGAGGUCUACGAUGAUGCCCGUACUGAAUAGCCAACCACUUGCUGAGCAAGUAGAUGCAGAGCAAAUAGAAAUGGAUGAAUUUGAAAAGAUGCUGUCUAAAGAACAGAUGCAGAUGCUCGAAAGAGAGAAUUCGACCAUGCUGGAAAGCUUAAAUAAUACCUUGAAUCAAAUCAAGACCGCGGAGAAGGCGUUACUUGAGAUAUCCACACUGCAAACUCAGUUGACCAACCAUUUGGCUGCACAGACAGUACAAACAGAUAGGCUGUAUGCAGAUGCAGUGACUACUACAGAGACAGUAGAGCGUGGUAAUGUUCAACUACUGUCUGCCAAAGAAAGAAAUAGAAGUAGUAGAAAGUUCAUAUUAGCAUUUUUACUUGGUGCAAGCUUUGUAUUGUUAUUUUUAGAUUGGUACUCAUAACAAUAAAAAAAAGAUACCACAUAUCAUACAAAAAAGGGGGGUCUUUGUGUGCGUUAUGCAAUUAAAAAAAUUAUGCAGCCAACCUUAUUAUUUUCCCAUCAACUACAGAAAAAAAAGUCUAAAACAGGUAUCGGACAACAGUGCUUUAUUUACAAUAUACUACUACUUUGAUGUUUGUUGAAUAUCCUUGUUUGUAAGGGGAAAUUUGGGGUUGGAGUUAUGCCCAAAGCUCACACCAUAGUUACGACGCCAUACAUGUUCAGGCUGCAUUCGUGGAUCCCAGGUGUGAUCGAUAGGUGUAUUACUUGAACGUCUUCUGGCUAAUGCAUAAGGUGUGUUUUCGUCUUUUUCUGCAGAAGACAUGGAAUGUCUUCUAUUGGCAUAGACUGCAGCAGCCCCUACAGCUCCUAAUGUGAAUAAUGUAGCAGGUCCAGGCAUAGUUAUAAAUUAUCAAUGCAAAAAAAAAAAAGAAAAGCCAAAGAGAUGGGGUUGUUUAAA